GAAAAUGCUCAAAUAUCGUUAUUUGUCUCGUUCCAUUCGUUUAUGUUCUUCAAUUGCUGGAACUACUGCAACAACAAUAACACCACCAAAAAAUCCCCCAAUUUUGACUUAUCCUAGCGAAGAAUUUAUCAAAAAAUUUCCAAAGCAACGAAUAUCUGAUUUAAUUGCUGAAAUUGAGAUUUUCUAUAAAUUCUCUCAACAUUUACCAACCCAUCUAACUGAUGAUAAUUGGCAAAAAUUGAUGGAUGCUACCAGUUUGGAGGAAAAGGAAGAAUUUUUGUUUCAUCUGUCUAAUAAUGAAGUGGUUAUAAAGGAUUUAAAAAUUAAAAAUCAACUUUUUGAAAGUGGAUCGAUGGUUUAUGGUAGUGAAUUUUACAGGCUAUUUGGUGAUGAAUAUUUUCAUGCUAGAAAAUUUAUUGAUAAAGUUUCUCUUAUUUAUGGAUCCCGUUGUUGCCAAAAUGCUUCGUUAAAUGAAUUUAUUCCUAAAAUUAUUAUUGACUGUAGAAAAGUUUACCAAUUACAUGUUAAAUUUUUGAAUACUGCAAUUGCUCGAAUCCAACAAGUGCACGAUUACAAUAUGUUAAGUGAUUAUCCAAUGCCUAUUUCUAUUGUUAAUUUUUUUUCAAGUGAAUCUGUUGGAUAUGCUCUGAAAAAACAUUUACAUUUUUUAUUUGGACCCCCAACAAUGCUAAAUAAAUAUGAAUUGGAUAUUCCUCCAGAAAUUAUUAAUGCAAAUUUGUAUUCAAAAUUAAAUGAUUUUUUGGAUAGAGAGGAGGGAGAAGGGAGGAGUGGAGAGGCAAAUUCUAAUAAUAAAGAAAAUAUUUACAAAUAUGAACCUCAUCCUUUUAUACCUGAAAUUACUACAAAAAAUAUUUUGGAUGUUUGUAAAAGAGAUGGAAUUAAAACAGAAGAAAUAGCCUAUAUAAGCAGCAGUGCAACACAAUAUUUACCUGAUGAUCCUCGAAUCAUUAAAGAAAGAUUUAAGGCUUUUGUAUUAUCACCUCUAGAAGAUAGACACAAUCCAAGACAACGGCCAAAUUUUUAUGCUCCACAAGAUCAAAUUCAAGUUUAUAGACUUCCAUUAGAAAAAUAUUUGGGUUUUCGUCCACCAACAUUUAUGCCUCCUUCAACUUUUAUAGAAUUAUUGAGGGUUAUAAUUUCUGGACGUAGUUCAAGUUGGGAUUGGGCUAUAGAUAAUAGAGUACCUAAUUUGAGAAUACAGGAUUUGUAUGCUCUCCCAAGUCCCUGGAAAAAUUCAACAGAAAAUAGCCCUGAAAAUUUUGCAAAAAUAAAAGCAAGGAGAACAGACAAUUUAAAUUUAGUCAAAGAAGCAUUAAUUAAUUUAAAUUUACAAAAAAAUAAUUUAAUUAAAAAGAGUCAAUCACAACAAGUAAAAAAUCAAAGAAAUCAGUACCAACAAAAACAGCAAGGAAGAGAUAAUGAUACUGGUAGUAAUAAAUUAAUUACUCAAGCUAUGACAAAUAAAAUAGUAAGAAAAAGAAGAUAUUCUCGGGAGGUAAAUAAAAAAUUUUUUCUAUACCUUUUAUGCAAGAAAAUUUUUUAUUCGCAAGUUUUGUCCACAAAAAUUUUUUGUCCGCAAAUUUUAUCCGCAAAAAUUUUUUGUCCGCAAGUUUUGUCCGCAAAAAAUUUUUUGUCCGCAAGUUUUGUCCGCAAAAAAUUUUUUGUCCGCAAGUUUUUAAAAUGAUUGUUAAAUUGUGUUUUGAUGGGGGUUUUCGCUAGAAAUUGAACUGAUACCGAUUUGUCGGUCAUA